AUGCAGAAUACGAGGCAUCAAGGCUAUCGUGGUCGGGUCCGGAGUGGCUGUCUCACUUGCCGAGCUCGGAAGGUCAAAUGCGACGAGGCCAAACCCGUUUGUAACAACUGCACAAGAUUACAACGUCAAUGCACAUACAAGCCCCGAAGAGUCUUUCGACAGACUGCCAGCGCCGACAAUUCGCCACCAGGCCAACCAUCAUCACUCCAAUUCGAGGGUAUCCCUCAAGCAUUCGAGGCACAUGAUAUUAGUCAAUCCCACUCAAGUCCAUCGCUCACUGAUGACUUUGAGAACCCGGGGUCAUCAAAGGUGCUCUCGACUGAGAGGACGAAUCAAACUCCUUUUCUGUACGAGGGCAGGACGAAUGUCGAUGUCACUGCUUGCUUGCAGAAAGCCCUUCAAUACCGGAGUGCAUUUCCUAUCGUGGAUGAUAACUACGAGCGCGAUGAGUCGCCGUUGAACCUGAUAUCACGGGAUAUCGAGUUGACCACUACACUUGAUAUCCUCACUCUUCGUACCCAGUCCCCUUACAUGACGGAACUCUUCCUUGAUACAGUGGAAUGCCCUGGCAUCACACCAUUUGAUCCUCUCAACUGGAAACUGGCAAAGCAGCAUAUUGUGCAUUUGGGAAAGUCAUGUCUGGCUAUUUCUUCAGGCAUCACAGCUGUUGCGACUCUAUGUAGUGGGCAAGUCUUCUCACUCUCGACAUCCGAAUCGCUUUCUCACUACCACUCCGCGAGGAAGAAUGUCGAAGAACUGUUAGGGGAUGACGAUAAAGACUUUGACCUUGUUUUGGUAGCCGCCUUUUUGUUGUGUAUAUUUGAGUUGAUCCACUCUGGAGAAGUCACACCUUACCUGAGAGAACCAGGCCGAAUAUUCAUACGGAGGCUACAAGCUUGGGUACAGACUCAAACUCCCUACUCGGAGCUUUGCACACGUAUAGUCACUUGGCUGAAGAUUCUUUACUCAGCUUCCCUUCGAGGUGGAGCAAUGGGCCUGCUCUCAGAAAGGGUAGUCAGUCUCCUCCCAAAUUUCACCGGCCCCAUACCAAACCUCGGACCUUCCGUUGACCAAGAGCCCGAGAUAUCUAAUCAUCUGUACGAAGUCUUGAGCGCGCCGAUCUUCGACUUCUACUGCCAACUUCAAACACUAUCUGGAGAGAUUGCCAAACUAUCGCUUUACCAUCGCUCCCGCACGAAGCGUAAAGACCAGCAGGAGGUAGUCGAACGAAUGGCGACUCUAAAGACCAGACUUCGAGCACUAUGGGAAAGGCGGUGCGCCACGCAGCGACAGUCUCCGGAGCAUUUGCGCUCCCAAAUGGUUCCUCAAAUCGCGGAUAUGAUUUCGAGUCUGAUCAGUAUUUGUGAGGCUGCAUAUCAUGCUGAAUUCAUUGACAUAGGAAGACAGCUCGGGGACCCUGUGUCUCAAUCUCCAGAUUCGACAGAAGCAUUGGACAGGAUCAGGGAGAUUCUGGAUAGGGAUGGCAGUGGGAAUGAUGAGGGUAAAACAAGAAGCAUCAACCCUGGGUACUUGAGACCGUUGUUCCUAUGUGCUAUAGAGAGCACAGACAGGGAGCAGACCAGUUGGGCCGUGGAGAAGCUUACUCAGAUCCAUAAUCGUGUCUAUCGUGGAGAUUUCUUCUCGGCUUUUGCGAAAGCUCUUUCAGAGGCACAAACAUGUAACGAUAGAAGGGUUACCUCGAGGUAUUUCUGUAUCUGGUAUUUUGGGAUCACACCACCAUUCUUCUAG